CUUAAUUCGGAACACAUCAAUAGGUUCUUGGCACAUAUAAAUUCAGCAGUAAAUGCAAUCCAAUUCACCUGUGACUUAGAAAGUGAAGAAGGUGAGCUAGCAAUGUUGGAUUGCAAGACUAAACGAAUACAAGAAAGAAAUCUAGAGACUAGUGUCUAGAGGAAACCUACCCAUUCGAAUCGCUACUUAGACUUCGAGUCCUUCCACCCCAUCUAAGUUAAAGUAGGCAUAGUUAAAUGCUUAAGUGAUAGAGAAAAAAAGCUUACCAGUAAAUCGGAAAAUCUGAGACAAAAAAUGAGAUACAUCAAGAAUACCCUACGUCUCAAUAAUUACCCACCAAAAUUUAUAAAGAAAUUCAUAAGAAGUCGAAAGAAAAAUAUUAGCAGUGGUAGUAGUAGUAGUUGUAGUAAUACAGGUGUUAUUAAUAAUAAUCUCAUUACUAAUGGUAAUAAUGGCGACAAGGUUAAGAGAGAAUUCAAAGCCUCUUCUGUGUUACCAUACGAGGAAAGCACCUCAGAAGCACUGCAAAGAAUUCUCAAUAAGGCUGGGAUUAAAGUGGCAUUGAAACCAACAAACUCACAUAGAAACAAGCUUUCUAGGUUAAAAGAUCCUAUCAAUGCGAUCAAGCAAAAUAAUCUGGUUUUACCAGAUCCCUUGCAGUGAAUGCGAGGUCAAGUACAUAGGUCAAAGCAGUCUACCAGGGCCGAUUAGAAUAACAGAGCACAAAAACUUGGCUAAAUCAAGAUCGGUAGA